AUGGCACCCAUCGCCACAGAGACCUUCAAUACAAAGCGCGACGGCCAGGCGCUAGAAGAAACGUCCGACGCCAUCGACCAGGUGAAUGUGCUCAAGGCAACCAAUAAAGGUCUCUACGAGGCAUCCGAGUUCGAUCAGAACAAAGACAAGACCCAGUUCCGACAGUAUGAAGACGCCUGCGACCGGGUCAAGAACUUUUACAAGGAGCAGCACACCAAGCAGACUGUCGCCUACAACCUCAAGGCCCGGCACGAGUUUCACCGCAAGACCCGCGCGGAGAUGACGGUGUGGCGAGCGAUGGAGAAGCUGAAUACGCUCAUUGACGAGUCGGAUCCCGACACCAGCCUAUCGCAGAUCGAGCACCUGCUGCAGUCCGCCGAAGCAAUCCGGCGAGACGGCAAGCCUCGUUGGAUGCAGCUUACCGGGCUGAUUCAUGACCUCGGCAAGCUGCUCUUCUUUUUUGACGCCCGCGGGCAAUGGGAUGUGGUCGGCGAUACGUUUGCUGUCGGAUGUGCCUUCGACGAUCGGAUUAUCUAUGGCCGGGACUCGUUCCGCGAUAACGAGGACUUCGGGCAUGAGAUCUACGACUCCAAGUUCGGCAUCUACUCGCCCGGCUGUGGGCUGGAUAACGUCAUGCUCUCCUGGGGCCAUGAUGAGUAUCUGUACCACAUUGCCAAGGACCAGUCCACCCUACCCGCCGAGGCACUCGCCAUGAUCCGCUACCACUCGUUCUAUCCCUGGCACAACGCCGGCGCCUACCACGAGCUGAUGGACGACCAUGACCGCGACAUGCUGCGUGCCGUCAAGGCAUUCAACCCGUAUGAUCUGUACAGCAAGAGCGAUGACAUUCCCAGCAUCGAAGAACUCAAGCCGUAUUACCUUGAACUCAUUGACGAGUACUUUCCUAACAAGGUCGUCAAGUGGUAG